UAAAAAUAGGGCAGGGAAACCCGAGGUCAGUGAGAAGUAGUGAGCGCGCUGAGAACUUGCUAGGAUAACAGGAAGAGAUCCCCUCAAUACACAUCAGCAUUGUCCAGUGUUGUGUUUGUACAUUAAGGUGAAGAGCGGUCUUCGCACAAAGUCACCUUGGUCCAGACAUCUGUGACAGGAACCAAUGCCAACAAGACAGGGUAAAUGACUUGGAACGACAAGUACGAUAAGUGUGAGAAGAGCGGAAAGGUCAAAAUGGCGAAAAAUGACAUUUGUUUAUUCUUUGAUCACGACGAUGGUCAAGAGUGGUGUAAUUACUGGAAAAAAAUGAUGAGCUGCAGUCAGGUUAAAUUGUCCAUUGAGGUCUGUGAUACAUUGAUAUCAGCGCGUGAGUUCAAGGCCAAGGUCAGCAAGAGUAAACUUCUCGUCAUUUUAACAACAAGUAACAUGCUGCAAUUCAUUCAAGAGGACGACAGCCAUUUUGGUUCUCUGAGUAAAAGAACUUGUGUAGCAAAUAUCCAUUGCCAUACAUCGCAGGAGGACAUGGGAGAGCUUUAUAAUGAACCAUUUGUGAGCAGGUGGAAAAUAUUCGUCGCCUCAGAUGACGGAGUUGCUAAUCGGUCUAUUGUUGGAGACCUGUUGGAACUGAUAGAGAAACAAGCAAAGAAAAGAAGUACAAAAAUGAGAAAAUUCAAGAUUAUGCCUUGUCACGUCCGAGAGCCUGCAGAAUCCAUCGCAUUAAUCUUUAAAAAUGAGGUCACGGGCCGCGUGGAGGUAUCCAUUGGGGCAGACGAGACGAGACACAUCGCCAAAAUGAUGAACCCAUUUACUUUUGCCUUCAGGAUACCCGAUACAUGUGAAAACGAGGGUAAAAGUAGGCUGAAGGUGUACACAAAUGGCACAUACUUCGGAGAACACCCUAUUACCGUCAUACUACCGACGCUUAACCCUUACCAGGCUCCAGCUUUUCUCUCCCAAAUUCUGCGAGUACCAACAGAUAACAGGGAUGCGCUAGACAAAGCCUUAGCCAAAGUUUACCAGACCAGUCUCCCGGAGGAUGAUGCUUUAGAAUGUAUUCUUGGGGACUUCUACGACGAUGCAUUGCCACAACGAAGCAAGCAUGAAAUACCCACGCUUCUUCAUUUUGCCGCCAAAAAUGGACUGAGUGAGCUGUGUUCUUUGCUCCUUGACACACCUGGUUCGUUGGCAGCCUUUCAACAGGAGAACCGAGACGGCUAUGACCCUGCUGAUCUGGCAGACAAACACGGGCAUACAGAGCUAUGCGAUUACCUUCGAGCCUUUGUCGACGUGGAGACCACUGUUCAAGCAUGUGAAGACAUUUAUUUGGAGAUGAGUGGCAGAAGUCUGUAUGCAAACCAGCACGAAUUGAACGUACAGACAGAUCCACCUCCAAAACAGCUUCGUGAUGAUGACACAUUCAACGUAGAUCUACCACAACCACUUUCACGAUCUCCUAGAAAAAGCAGACGUCACAGCGAACCGACGCCCAACUCAUCACGCCCACCACUCCCCGCUCCAAGGAAAUCUCCUGGAAAGCGACAUCAGACACCUGAGGAAUUCAUGGGGAUGACAGACCCAAACCCCCAGACUUCCGGAAGAUCAGCAACUUUAGGCAGUACUAGUUCCGCUGCAGAAAGUGAACUAAUUGGCAUCCUUUCUGCAGUCAAAGAUGGAGAGUUCACUCUCAGCGAAGCAGAACGUUUAUACGAAUCAUGGAAAAAACAUAAUCACUCCCAUUCCGUAUCCAUGAAAGAACGUAAAGAGGGCCUGGAUACGUUGAGAAAUGAAUACGUUACCAUGUUCGAUCUCGUCAAGGAAAAGAACAAAGAAAAGGGCGUUUUCAAGAAAAUCAAGAAUAAGCUGGUCAAAAAGAAGUCGCAACAAGAUCUAAAAAUAUCGACACCCACCCUCCUGAGAGGAAGCACGACAUCUCAACAUGUUUAUAAUCGCAACAGUGGUUCUAGUGAUGGCAGCAGGGCAUCCGGAAGUAGUCAGGCCUCGGCCUCGAGUUACGACAUGGGCUUCGCCGGAAGUGAUUCUGACGACCUUCUGGAUGAAGACGAGGAAGAAUCUUCGGGAGAAGAAGCUUUCCACACGAGGAAGUCCCCUGUCGCUAGUAAAGAGGCUGAGGCGGGGGAAGUGCAGAUGAGGCUGUCAACAUCAUCCAACCAUUCACGAGAGGCACGUAAGACGAUGCGCCUUGAAUUCCUAGAGACCGCAAGGUCGUUUGACGACGAGGCGCCGCCUCUACCACCGAGGACCUACAACCAGUGUUAAACGCCCGUGAAGACUACUCGUCGAAGAAAUUGCAAGCGACCUGUUAUAUUAUCUGGCUUAAAAAGUUUCCGAUAUAUAUACAGAUCAAUCUAUUUGUUUCUGAGAAGACAUGAUGCGUGCUUUCCGUUGUGACAAGUUCCUAUCAGCAUUGAGCUCUUUUCAAGAAAAACAUUAUUUGUGAGUCCAAGCGUGACCAGUUCCUAUCAGCGUAGAGCGCUUAUACAAACUACAUUAUAUUUGUGAUUCUAAUUAUGAACCAUUCACAUUCAUACAUUCCCGAAAUAUUUGUGUUUCACAUCGUAACACUUAAAUAACAGUGGACCAGUUCUACUCUGAUCACGACUUGUGUUCUAUUGUGAGGAACAUUUAAUGACAAACAAAAGUGUGUGCUUUAUGCUGCGACAUAUUGAAUCUUUUCCUCGUGGGAAUUAGCUUAAAGUCUGGCCAGAGGAUACAAAGUCAGCUUUAGCAAAUUUAACAUGCCUUUAUUUAUCUUUAUAAUAAUAUGCAUUUUUAAAUUUUUAAUCAUAAACUUUUUUUUUUUUUUCAUUUUGCUACAAAAAAAUAUCUCAUUUUCAGACACCUCUAUGAUAACAUUGUAUCCUUGUUCAGCCAGUAUUUGCCCUCGACUUCCAUCUUGUCAUUUGUGUAAGCACGUGUGUCACGUGUAUCUACUUUGUGUGUUUAGUAUUAAGGAUCCCGUACCACUGCCAAAAACUGUAACAAAGUGUUGGAAGCUAUUUACCGGUAAGACUGUAGUAUUGAUAAAUCAUUACUGAAAAGAAAACCAUACCUUACGAGACGUUCAUGAGAAAUAACGAUAUAAAUAAGAUAUUAUAAUAUCGCUCUCGCUGAUUAAGCUACCCGCCAGUCAGAAGUGUUCUGACCACAUUUUCUACAGUUUUAUCCAAACGGAAGUUAAGGGGCGGGUGGGGGGAGGGGGUUACUGUAUAAAGGAUAAAACAAGGUACAGUGGGACGGGGAACCUUAAACAGAUUGAUAAGAAAAGUGCAAUAUAUAUUUAUAUAUUAUGAAAGCAGAAAAAUGAUCCUGACGGACGAUAAAGGUAGAACUAUGAUGUAUUAAAUAUAUCUUAAGAUACUAUAAAUAAUUUUAAUAUAUAAGUUUAGUAACAAAAAACAGCCUAGCGUGUAUAUCACGAUAACAAUGUAUAUGUGUUGUUAUACUUCAUCUAGCCUCUAGUCUGAUAUAAUUUCGUCAUGUAUGCAAACAUCGUUUACUCUGAUUUCGAAAACAUGUGAACUUCAUCAUCAAGACCCUUUUUGUUUUACCAAACAGUAGUACAGAUUGCACGUUGAUUUUUUGAGAAAUGAUAUUCACAUCUUUGGUACUUAAAUUUGUAUUGUAAAUAAAAUCCGCUUAUGACAGUGAUUAUUUUCGCGGUGUUACUUAAAAAAAACUCAUUUCAGAGAUCUAAUUUCGAAACAAAUGAAGCUAAUGAUGUUCUCAUUGACUCAGUAUCAACUCUCUUUGAGAGUCAACGAGAAAAUAUUUAUAUCACAAUAAAAAAACAUAAAACAUUACUUAUAAACAUAUUGCUGUUACCUGCACGAUGUAUGUGAAAGUAACUUUCGCGUAUAACCUUUAAGCUUAUUACACUAGAAAACAUUUUUUUCAAAUCAAAUCUACAUAUGCAAGAAUUAGAAAGUGAUAAAUGAAAUAUUACUGUCACGAAAUCUAUAUGAAAACACGAAAUGCAUUCUUGAGAAAUAAUAACAGUAUUAACGCUUACUAUGGCAUUGAUAGGCUGGCUUAGUAUGUUUUAUACGUAUUGAUUAAAUAAAUAAUGUUAUAUAAACACAAAGAUAAUGUUAUAUAACCCAUCCUGUGAACUUUACGUUAGUCAAAAGUAACUGUGAUAUCUUUUUCAGUAUUUUAGUUAUUGGUGCUUAUAUAGCCUAUGACAUUUAAAUAUAUUGAUGUAAAUAAGUGACAGAUAAUAAAUGUACUAUUACAUAAGUAAUGACGGUUUCACCAGUUAAUGUAACAUUAUAACAGAAUUUUCGAGACGUAGAGCUAAAUUUGUACUUCAUUUUAAUGCAAGUUUGAGAGUGAUAACAGUAUAGUUAUUUGAUACUUACGCUGAAACGCCUAUAGGUGCCUUAUAUAUAAUGCGUAUAGCUAUCGUUACUAUGAUCUUUUAUUUGAAAUUCAGUUAAAUCUCUUUCAACAUUUAUUUGAAAUGUAUUGCAUUAUUUAACUUCCGUAUCCAAUUCAUCAUGAAACUAAGAUUUCUGUUUAAAAUAACAAUAAACUCUAACUAUGUUAUCACGCGGAUGCAAGACAUCGUAAUGUUGUGUUGUAUCAUCAAUGAACAAUGUAUACAACGACGAACAAUGUAUAAAGUACAGUGAACGAUGUAUACAACGAACAAUGUAUAAAGUAUAGUGAACGAUGUAUAUAGUACAGUGAACGAUGUAUACAACGAACAGGUAUACAGUGAACAAU